AUGAUGGCCAGAAGCGAAAAGUGCGUUUUGACAGUGGGAGAUGGAGACCUGUCCUUCUCCUUGGCUCUUUCUCGGGCUGUUGCGUCCGUGAAAGUCAUUGCAACGACGUGGCUCACGCAAGAGGAGCUUGCAUGCCGCUACCAUUCCGCCGAUGCAGUCCGCGAGGAACUGCUGCGCCGAGGUGCGGUGGUCCUCCACAGAGUGGAUGCUUGCAACUUGUCCUCUUCUCUCCCUCCGACUAUUGGGUGCCCCGUGGCCAUUAUCUUCAACUUCCCACAUUUGGGUGGCGUCGCUGACGAUGGUCACGAGCCCGACAGUGCCCAUGUGAGGCAACACACAGCACUGCUGGCGCACUUCUUCCAGUCAGCUGCGAAUCUGACGCAG